AUGUUCACCACUCGCUUCAUCGCUUUCGCCACUCUUGCUGCAUUCGCCGUCGUCAACGUUCAGGCAGAGUCUCACACCAUCACGUUCGCCAACUACUGUGGAUACGGGACGCCUACUCUAGUGUCGCAAAGUGGUCAGAUAUUGUCGACCGGAGGUGCUUACAAUGCGGGUGGGCCUAUCAUCGGUGCUAUCGCUUACUUGCAAACCGGUGGAUGUGGCCUCAAUGGUGAUUACUGCACCACUGUUGAGACGACUCUGAAGAAUGGUGUUGGAGCGUCAAGCACGGAUAUCACCUUGAUACCUGACCAUGAGUUUAACGUUGCCGCCGGUUUUGGCUAUUACAAUGGCUGCGACAACACUGGCGCCGAUUGCACGUACUACGGCUGUCCCACGGCGUUUUAUGUGCCUACCGAUACCCAUGUACAAGUUGGUUGCAGCACCGAUAAUGUUGAUUUGACCAUCACGUUCUGCCACUAAGAGGUGUCAGCGUGGCGAUCUUCACCACAGCGAUACCACAGAAGAUUUACGUAUAUGCCCGGGUAUUUAUUGUUGUCCUU